GCUCGAUGCGUCUGCUGAAGUCUUGGUCUGUAAACAUGCCAUCGGAUGACCAGCUGAAGAGAAACAAACCAACACACACUUUUAUAUCCACUGAAGUUCAACUGUUGUAUCAAGGCACCAUGUGAAAUCUCCAUAAAAUGGCUACGUGUGUGUGGUCAGCAGUCGCCUGGACACUCAAGGGCCUGUUGUGCACAUGGAGGUUUUUCUGGGUCAGCCCAUAUUGUGCUCUAAAAUCUGCCCCAUGGACGGAGAACGCAGCGGAUACUGACCAUAAACUGACCACAGUUGUCCAAGGUGUCAAGCAUCUCGCAGGGACAGAUGUGAACACAGUCUCUGAGAAGAAGGACAGAGCAGAACACGGUGUUCAGCGUGAACGCCUGCACAAGAGACUGUUAAAGGCUGAAGGGGAGAUCCAGGAGCUGAAGAUAGAGAUCGCAAACCAGAGAGCAUCAUGGGAGAUGCGGUUUGUGGAGCUGCGAAGGAGACAACGUGAUCUGAGAGACCAGUUGAGCGCUGAGGUUCUGGUGAGGUCUGGAUUGCUGUACAGAGACACCGAUUCAGAUGAUACAAACGAGGUCUUUGUAGAGUCCGGGUUGGAGAACGGACUGGAUUCUGAGGAGAAGGAACAUGAAUGUUCUAGUGGUCUCAGUCUCAGACAGAUUCACCAGCAGAAGGGAUCUGACAUGGGAUUGCUUAGUGGUGUUACCGGCCCAUCAGACUCCAGAGCCACUUCUGCCAUGUCUAACAUCAGUGUAAGGUCUUGGCGGAGUGGAGGUGGACCUCAUCGAGUGUUCGUUCCGCACUCUCCCCUGGAUCUGAAGAUCGGGCACAGGGUCCGGAUCAUGUUACCCUCGGGCCGGAUCAGCACCGGUACCUUACGCUUCCUGGGCAACAUGAGGAACUCUCCCGACUACCAUCUCGGCGUGGAGCUGGAGUCGGCGGACAACGGACAGCAUGACGGCGCCUGUGGAGGGCACUGCUACUUUCACUGUGACCCUGGCCAUGGAGCAUUUGUAGCAUUCAGUAAACUGUUGAUGGCUUGGGAGUGAAUAAGGGACACUAGUGAAGAACUGCAGUCGC